AUGGACGGCUUUGUAUACGUUGCAGAAUACCGAGUCUUAAUCUGCCAGCGGUGUCGCUAUGCAGUAUGGCCGAGCCACCUCCUCCGCCAUCUCCGAUGCAACGUCCAUCAGCUUCUCGCGGGAGAGGCCCGGCGACUGACCCAAGAUCUACUCACACGCUGGCCGGAUCUGUGCGGUAGUCCGGGUGAGUUCACCUUUCCAGACGCCGUAGUCGAACGGAUCCCCGAGCUGCCAUACUACAAGGACGGUCUCGGCUGCAGGCUCGACGCUGGCGCGUGUCGAUAUGUCGCUCGAAACCUGGAAUCGAUGCGCAAACAUUGGCGGGAAGCACACCGCGGAUGGGGUGUCGCACAAGGUCGAACGGGAGGCUCGGGCUCGAGGCUACGAGAGGAGCAGCGGAGGCGGAGAGCUGAGGCAAUGCAGCCAACAUAUUGCCAGCGCUUCUUCGGAGCGGGUCCGCAUUCGAGCUACUUCGAAAUUCGUCCGCCGGCCAAAGCACCGGCUGGCAAUGCUGCUCUAGUCCCCGCAGCCUCGGGCUCCGACGCCGCGCGUGCAAGGCUCGAGCUAGCGAGGCUCCUCGAGGAGCGGCAGAGCGAAGGCCAGACGCUCCAUACGGAUACAAGCCAGAGGGAAGUGUCGCCGUGGCUGCAGCUCACGCGCUGGCCAGAAUAUCUCGCCGGCCAUCCCUUGGAUAAGCUGGCAGCGCUUGCUACAAUGCCCUCCGUAGCCACGGAGCCAGGGCUGUGUGCGCUGAGCCAGAGUCUAGAUCGGCUCGUCGAUGCCCCCUAUCCAAGAUGA